AUGGGACGCGGGUGUCGCCUUCGCCAUCCGGAACGACAUCGUGGGACGACUGCCCUGUCUGCCACAGGGCAUCAACGGUCGCCUAAUGAGCCUCCGUCUGUCUCUUCGGGCAGGCAAAUUCGCCACUAUCAUCAGCGCCUACGCUCCCCGAUGACCAGCCCCGACGCCGAAAGAGACAAAUUCUACGAGGACCCGCACGCACUCCUGGCGACUGUGUCGAAGGUGGGUACGUUGAUUGUCCUUGGUGACUUCAACGUCCGCGUCGGCAAGGACCAUGCUGCCUAGAGAGGAGUGCUGGGUUCCCAUGGUCUCGACGGUUCCAAUGACAACGGCCAGCUCCUUCUACGAACCUGCGCAGGACACCGACUCAUCCUGACCAGCAUCUACUUCCGCCUCCCGAUGCGAGAGAAGGCCACCAGGAUGCAUCCUCGGUCGCGUCAGUGGCACCUGCUGGACUAUGUCCACGUCCGGAGACGAGACCAGCGGGACGUGCUGGUGACGAAGGCGAUACCGGUUGUCGACGAGUGGACCGAUCAUCGCCUCGUCACCUCGCAGAUGCGGAUUCGCCUACAGUUUUGCAGGAGACCUCACGAAAAACGAUCCCCAGGUGAGCUGAAUAUUGCCUUGUUGUCUUUGCCGCUCACCAUAUCCAUUUCAGCAACGAACUAGCUCGACGGCUAGACAACCUUCCAGUUGCUGAUGCCGCCGCCGCCGCCGCUGAGGAGAAUGCCCUCGUGGAGAACCGAUGGUGUCAACUGGGGGACACAGUCCAUUUGACGGCCCUGGCCGCCAACACCAGGACUGGUUCGUUGACAACGAAGCCGCCAUGCGCAACCUGCUUGCCAACAGGAACCGCCUGCACAAAGCCUACAUCGACCGCCGAACCGACGCCAACAGAGCUGCCUUCUACCGUUGUCGUCGCCUCGUUCAACAGCGACUGCGUGAGAUGGGGGACGCCCGGGCAGCUCGCAAUGCUGAGAAGGUCCAGGGGCACGCGGAACACAACGAAUAGAAGAACUUCCUCUCCGCGAUCAAAGCAGUCUACGGUCCGCCUACUAAAGCAACUGCACUUGUUCUCAACGCCGACGGCAGUACCCUCCUCACUGAGAAGACACCAAUUUUACGGCGAUGGGCCGGGCACAUCUGAUGCGUCCUUAGUCGUUCCUCCACCAUCCCCGACGCCGCCAUCGGCCGUCUGCUGCAAAUGGAAACCAAGGUUGAUCUCGGCCUCCCGCCCUCCCUUCACGAAACAAUCAGGCCUGUGAAGCAGCUUUCCAGCGAGAAAACGCCCGGAUCUGACGCUAUAUUUGCUGAGAUCUAAAAACACGGUGGCUCCAACUCACGGAUCCUUUGACAGCGUUCUUCCAGGAGAUGUGACGCCAAGGGGAAGUCCCACCGAAUUCCAAGGACGCCAAAGUCGUGCAUUUAUGCAAGCUCAAAUGAAACUGCCAGCUCUGUGACAAUCCUCGAAGCAUCUCCUCGCUGAACAUCGCGGGAAAAUCUUCGCUCGCAUCCUUUACAAUCGUCUGAACAACCACCCGGAACCUGGACGGUCUACAAGAAGCAGGCGCGGAGACUCAACCAAUUCUACCUCAGCUAUUUUCGCCAAAUACUGAAGCUGAGGUGGCAGGACCGGAUUACCGACAUUAACGUACUGGAGCGGACGGAAAUCCUCAGCAUCUGCGCCAUGCUGAGACAAGUUCAACUGCGUUGGAGCGGCCACCUCGUGCGAAUGGACGACGAGCGGCUACCCAAACAGCUCUUCUAUGGAGAUGUCGCCACGGGUUCCCGUCGCCAAGGAGACCAAAUCCGUCUCCACAAGGACACUCUGAAGACUUCCCAGAAGCGUCUGUAGAUCAAUCUGGCCAACUAGGAAGACUUCGCUCGAGACCAACCGACCUGUAGGAGAGCAGUGAAGACAGGCAAAGCGACCUACGAGACAAAUCGCAUCGCCGUCGCGAAAGCCAAACGAGAAGCACGCAAAUCUAAACUGUCGCCGCCUCGCAACGCCAACACCCAACUCUCCCCAACAUGUCAACGGUGUCAGCAGACAUUUUGGGCGCCAAUUAGACCUGUUGGACACCUUCGGGCCAACUGUGGCACUCGGACUACACCAACCGUCGUCUCUCCUUCCACCUCUCCCUCGCCUCCUAUGCCGUCAGCUAACGUUGGCUGUCCUCCCGAACCACCACUUCCAUUUUCCUCCUCCCCCACCGCCUCAACGCCUACCGCCGUGGCGUCCGUCACGCACACCAACAUUACACACAAACCUGACACACCAACAAAAACCAGCACCACCACCGUCAACGCCAGUGGUGAGUACCUGGUCUAUACCUGCCCUCACUGCGACCGCACCUUCACCUCACACAUCGGCCUGGUCGGUCACUUUCGAGUCCAUCACACAGAGACUUGCGGACCAGUGCCUGGAGCACAAACCUGCACCCGCCACAUUCUUCAUCACUGCCCACACAGCCCUCGCACAUUCAUACACCUUAUGGGCCUAUUCGGCCACAUGCGUAUCCAUGAGAGCGAAAAUGACCGCAGCCCUGACACACCCAGCACACCCACCAUGCUCAGCCCAACCUGCACACCUUCUCCCAGCGCGCCCACCACCACCGCAGCUAAUACUGAUCUCGCGGACUUCUCGUGUCCACAAUGUCUGGACGAAGACGGUGCGUCGAGCACCGUGACUCGGAAAGCAGCUGACUGA